UCUUUUUUCUUUUUUUUUUUUUUCAAAUUCGCAAUGGGAUUGUUUUCUUGGCUUCAAAAGGGAAACACUCCAUCGACUCAAGGCUUAGACGAGAUUCCACAAAAGACAGAGUGUUAUCAUAUUGAAGGGUUUUUGAAUUGUGUCUAUUUUUCGAACGCAGUUGAAGCAGGUGAUAGACUAACAGCAAAGCAUCCCAAUAUCAAAGUGGAUGUAAGUGCAUAUAUAAAGCAACAGUGGUCAGAGCGUGCACGAGAACUGCAACAGGAAUUCAAAACAACACAAUCUACUUCACCAUUUAUUUAUGAGGGAUGUGAUAGCGACCAAUUAAAGUUGAUAGGUGGAUAUAGUGAUUUUGCAAAAAAGAUAAAAAGCGCGUAUAAAAUGAAUGUACCUUUGGAUUGAAAUGGAGAAUCAAAACGGAUUAAGCCACCCAAAUGAAUGUAUAAAAAUGACAGAAGUGAAAAAAAAAAAUUUUUACUGCUUCUUUCUCUCUUUAUAAGAAAAAAAAUGGCAAGUUAAUUUUAAAAGAAAGGUGUAUAUUCGAAGGAUGCAUAACCUCUUUGGCCUAAUCUUUUGUGUGGCUUACAAAAAUACUGAUUUAAUGAGCCUGACGAAUAAUACAUCUUUUAUUUCUAUAAGACUAUAGUGUUUAUUAACUACUUAUUUUCUAGGUCUAAACUUUUCUUUUCUCGGUUAAUACGCGAAGAAGAAAGUAACCCAUUUUUAUUGAAUGUAUAUUAUAAAAUAAAGAUAU